AUGCACCUGUGCUGUGCACACUGAGUAAAGUCUCAGUGCUACCAUCAAGAUGUGAAAAUAUUUGUUACGAAUUCCCCGGCAUAGACGUAAAUACACGUCAUACAGUGACACGUAUUCACAACACGUUUGUACAAAGAGAUAGUAUUCGCGAUACGACAGGAAGUGUUCACUUCUUGCUGCGGACGCUGUGUAUUUUAUCGUCACAAAUCAACGGUUGUUACGAAAUUUAACGACUUAUUCAAAACAUUAUAUCCUCCAAUUGUGAUCUUUGAAGCAUUUAAUUCACAAUGUCAGAAACAAGCCUUGGAUUCAAAAGAUUGACACGUAUUACAUGGAGUGAAUAUUUUAUGGGAAUAGCGUUUCUUUCUGCAAAACGAUGUGAAGAUCAAGACAUGAACGGUGCAUGUAUUGUUAAUAAUGAUAAUAUAAUUGUUGGAAUUGGAUAUAAUACAUUACCCGAGGGAUGCGAAAAUAUGAAAUCCAAAAAGGGAAUAGCAUGUCAUGCAGAAGUUAAUGCUAUUAAAAAUACGGAUUUACGCAAUGUUAAAGGAUGUACAAUGUAUGUUACAUCAUUUCCUUGCAACAAUUGUGCAAAUGUGAUAAUUCAGUCUGGCAUAAAAAAAAUAAUAUAUCUAGACGAUAACUCUGGACACAAGGCAAUAGCUGCAAAACAUAUGUUUGAAUCUACUGGCGUAACUUACGUACCAUAUAACACAAAUUGUUAUAAAAAGCCUAUUGAUCACACCAAAAAGAAGCAAAUUAAUUCAGAGGAAUAUUUUAUGGGAAUAGCGUAUCUUUCUUCAAGACGCAGUAAAGAGGCAAUGUUUGACAUUGGCGCAUGUAUUGUUAAUAAAGAUGGAGUCGUUGUAGGCACUGGAUAUAAUGGAAUGCCUAGAGGAAUGGAUGAGAUACCAAAGUUGAAAACAGGUCAAUCGAGUCAAUGUACUUCAAAGUUGUCUGGAUUUUUUAAAGUAUGCCACGCAGUAAUAAAUGCAGUUCUGAACAGAAAUACAAACAAUAUUAAAGAUUCUACACUUUAUGUUACUACUUAUCCUUGCAUUGAAUGUGCGAAAAUAAUACUACAAUUUGGCAUAACAAGACUAGUACAUAUGCCAAUUAAACAAAAUAUUGAUACACAAGUUGCAAAAGAACUACUUGAGACUGCAGCUAUAUCUAUCCGUAAAUACAAUCUAUCGAAAGAAAUGGAAAUUUAUGAAGAGGCCUCCCAAACUUCAGAAACUACGAAAGAUAUAGCGACCGCAACAAAUCAAGCAUCAACAGCAAAUAAUCAAGUAGUAAAAAUUGAGCAUUUAAUGAUGAAUCAAGCUAUGAGAGAACAAUUAAUGAAGAUGAUACAAAGUCAAGGAGUAAUUACAGAGUCAAAUAUAUUGAAACUUUCCAAGUAAUAUUAAUCAUCAUCAGAUCACAACAUGUGUGAAUACAACUUAUGCUCAUAUUGCUGAAUAUUGAUUUUCUUGAGAGAUCCAAACACUAAUAUUUACAUACAAACUUCAAUUAAAAGAAUACGAAUGUGCAGGUAAAGCAGACCUGCUAUUCCUUCAAGUCUUUACAAAUCUGAUAAAAGGUUUUUUAUAUGUGGAGAGAUGCAGAAAAUAAAUAAAACAAUAUACACAGAGAGUGAAACAACUGCAAUAAGAGUAAGGAUAGAAUUAAGUAUAUAACACAAUUGUUUUUUAUGCGUUUUUACCUGCUAUACAAAUGUAAACAUAAUAUUCUUAUGGCAUGAUAGAAAUAUGUAACAAUGUUUAUUUGAUUUAUCUUUGUGUUAAGCAGAGUAGAGGGUAGAUCAGUUUUACACGAUAUCAUAUUUCCAUGGUAAUGUCUAAUAAAACAAAAUGAUAUUAAACAUAAA